AUUUCGGUACACCCCUCUCCACUGUAGGACCAGAGAACGGGCAGCAGACAGAUUCAGUCAUGGAUCUGGUGCUGGAUGUUGCUGACCACUACCUCCUCACUCCGUAUGUGUACCCUGCGUCGUGGCCCGAGGAUGGGGCCCUGCGGCAGAUCAUCAGCCUGUUGGUGCUGACGAACCUCGGGGCUGCAGUCCUUUACCUGGGCCUGGGAGCCAUCGCCUACUUCUUCAUCUUCGACCACAACCUGAUGAAACACCCACACUUCUUAGAGAAUCAAGUCCAGAGGGAGAUCAAAUAUGCGAUGACCUCUCUUCCCUGGAUCAGCAUCCCCACUGUGGCUUUGUUUUUCGCUGAGGUUCGAGGGUACAGCAAACUGUAUGACAAUGUGAGCGACUCUCCGCUGGGUUGGCCAGGAAUCCUCCUCAGUAUGAUCUCCUUCCUGUUCUUUACUGACAUGUGUAUCUACUGGAUCCAUCGGUUUCUACAUCAUAAGCUCAUUUAUAAGUUCUUUCACAAACCCCACCACAUAUGGAAGAUCCCCUCUCCCUUCGCCAGCCACGCUUUCCAUCCAGUGGACGGCUUCCUUCAGGGACUCCCGUACCACAUCUACCCGUUCUUCUUCCCCCUCCACAAGGUGCUCUACUUGGCCCUCUACAUCUUCGUCAACAUCUGGACCAUCUCCAUCCACGACGGAGACUACCGUGUCCCCAGCACUAUCGAGAGUGUCAUCAACGGCUCCGCCCACCACACUGACCACCACCUCUUCUUUGACUACAACUACGGACAGUACUUCACUCUGUGGGAUCGCCUGGGCGGCUCCUACAGGUACCCCUCCGCCCUGUUGGGGAAGGGCCCUCAUGAUCUGAUCCGGAAACUUCAAGCAGAGGGGAAGUUGGGGGGUAAUGGAGGGAAGGCUAACGGGAAGGUGAAUGGACACGCUCAGAGAGGAGUCACAUGUAAGGAGGAGUGAUUUCUGUAAGUGAUGAUAACUUUUACAAAGACAAUAUGCGACCCAAAACCUCAGCAGGGACACUUUCAAUAACAUAAUUCUGAUUUCUUGCCAAAUGAGCUGUUUGAGAUGUUAGUUACUAUGAUGUGGGUGAAGGUGCAUAAAAGAUGACACCCUUUGAAGCAGGCCAGAGGAUUAACAUCAAUCAUGACAUUAGGUAAGGAGCCCACUGAUAUCUGGAUUAUUUUGCAGUGCUGACAUUUGAAGAAUGAGAUGAUUAGGUGAUUUCUUUGCUAACAUCAUGAAAGAGUGACAUCAAACUAAUACUGGAUCCAGACUACAAUAGAACCAGGUCUCUUUAGACUGCGUACACACCUCCUGACAGUGGGGAGGACUCAGGUUUGUAGCACUACUGAUUGACCUGCUGCGUUACCAGAUACUGUUUACAAACCAAAUCACAAACCUCCCAAAUAACUCACUGACUCAUCAGAGCUGCUCAUACAUUCAGAUAUGCUUGAUGUAAGGGACUGAUAAUCUGGAUUAAUGAUUCAUACUUUUAAAGCCAAAACAAAGCAGCCAGUGCUUCAGUAAGCUAGAUCACUACUGAUGACAGGAAACUGACCGGUAAGACAAGCUGUGUUCAGUUUUUGUUUUAUUUACAUCCUGAGAUCACACCUCACAUCAUUAGGUGCAUUUCGACCAAGAGUUCCGGGGUCUUUUAGCCCCAAGAACUACUUUCCCUGGAACUAAAAGGUUCCUGUGCCCCCAUUGAUGUUUGCGUUUCGACCGUGGGCUGAAGUUCUAUGACACCAUAGAAGCAGACGGACAGGCAGGUAUCAUUAUGAGCAACACAACAGUUAGCCUGUUAGCAUGAAGAGACUCAGCUGGCUCUGUUUUAGAUGGUGCUAUAUUUCAUCACAGAUGGAUUCACUGAAUCAACACGUGAGAGGAGAGAAGCACGAGUAGCAAAGACGUUUCAACACGCCUUUAAAAUCCUUUUGAACUCAAAAGGCCGUGACAGAGAUCGGACGGUGUUUUGGUCUAAACAGCGACCCUGUUAACUGGAGACUUUCAGCCGGAUGCAUCCCUCAUAAACGUCUUUAGACGAUGACUAAAUAUCUGAUGAGGAUAUUUUGAAAUCUUCAUAAAAACUAAACUAGUUUGCAUUCCCAGGAACUCCCUCUGUGUUUCAACAGCUGUGUAAACUCCACAAACACUGACAUUCAACUGAAGGUCUCCAGGUUACAGGGUCACUUUUAAAACAGUAACACCGGGAGAGACGCAUUCACGGUGGGCUGAGAGAAGACUACUGUUACAAGCUGCUAAAUCAAGAGAAUCACAGCUUCUUCUUUUGAAAAGUACACACACAUACAAAAAAGAUAGAACAAAUAAAAACUAAUGAAAGAAAGAGAAAUCAAGUGAAUCACAGAUGUGUGUGAUGUUAUUGUGGACGGAGGGCGGAAUAAAAACACUGAGGUUAAUCUACCAAUCAGACACGUUCAGCAUUGCAGGCCCCCCGAAAGUAUUGGGACCUUUGAAAAUUACUACCCCCCUAGCAGGGGCUUUUUAGGGGGGAGAUUAUCUACCCCUGAACUAAAUUUAGACCCUGGUUACUCGGUCAAAACGCACGUAGUUCAGGGGUAAAGUUCCUAAUUCCGGGAAAAAGUUCCUGCUGUCAAAAAACGCCUAUUCUAAAUCACCUGACUUGGUACUUAUACCCAGUCUGACACAAAGGUUCAUCUUGAUAAUAUCCUGUGCAUAGCUCCACUAUUUUAACAUCUUAAAAAAUGUGCUUAUUUGAGAUUACAAAAGAAACACACCUUUUUUCCAUAUGUUUGAUUUUACCAAAUUUUAAAACAGGUGAGGAUUUUAACACCUCUGUAGAAUUUAAGAACCCCCUUGGACCUCUUAGUAACUACAGAGCUGAGGGAUGAUUGGAGCAUGUUAAGCUAACGGUACAUCAGCAGAGAAUGACGGUCACUGUGAGGUUUAACCUGAGUGUACACAUGUUCAGCUGCAGUUCUUCUUGCUGUGAUUUUUGUGGAAAAAAAUCUGUUUCCUCCAGAAUAAAAAGGAUUCUUGAUUCUGUUCUUAUAAUAAAGUCAGCCAGCUCUGUUUGGUACACUGAUACUUAUUACAAAUCCAGAUCAUAAUUACAGAACAAUGUUUCGCAUUGUACAAUCAGUGAUCUGGGACACGCUCGGGUUAAUUCCAUUAACUUUAGCUUUCUAUACUUUCUUAUCAAGUAAACAAGGUUCUGCAGUGGAUGAAUGUGGAUGCAGAAAGAGAAAGAUAACAUUAUUUAGUUACAUUUUAAUUACACGGUUCAUGCUGUUUUUUCGGUCUCUUGAAGUGAUUGCCUUAUAAUUACUUUGAGGAGAAAACACCCCUCCUAUCAACGCCCUUGUGCUGACUGAGUACAAAUACUUUUGGAUGAUGAUAUUAAAGAUAAUAAAUGUGAAGUUUGUA